AUGCAUCUUCAUCUUCUAGUUCCCAGCACUACCAUUCCUAUCUUUUCCAGAAUCACGAUGAAGCCUUCUCGCUUGUUCUUCUCAUUCGCACUCCUACUGGUUUCCCUCCGUUAUUCCACCACCACCGCUGCCCAAUCUCCGGCAAUGGCCCCUGUAAAGGCCGCCCCUGUUGCUUCGCCGGCCGCUGCCCCUGCAGCCCUGGUCCCCACGUUACCGCAGACGCCUUCAGACAACAUCCCCGACACGGCCUCCACCGACAUCAUCGGUAUCCUCAGAAAGGCCAAGUCCUUCAGCGUCUUCAUUCGCCUCCUCAAAACCACCCAGCUCAUCAACCAGGUCAACUCCCAGCUCAUGACCACAAAAUCUGGAGGCCUGACCAUUUUCGCUCCAGAUGACUCCGCCUUCUCCGAACUCAAAGCUGGGUUCCUCAACUCCCUCGGCGAUAGCCAGAAGCUCGAGCUUCUGCAGUUCCACAUUCUUCCGAACUACGUCACCAGCAACAACUUUGACACCCUGACGAAUCCGGUCCGGACCCUGGCCGGAGACAAGCCGGGGAGGGCUGACCUUAACGUGACGAGUUAUGGCGGUAGCGUGAACAUAUCCACGGGGGUGGUGAAUACCACGGUGACGGGCAUUGUGUAUACGGACAGGCGUCUUGCCAUGUACAAGGUGGGCAAGGUCCUCCUUCCACUCGACUUCUAUGCUUCUAACACUCCCGCGGCGGCUCCGGCCCUGGCUCCGGCAGCCGCGGGGGCGAAGGCGCCUAAAGCAGAUAAGGAUGAGCCGCCAUCCUCGGAGAAUUCCUCAGGCUCGUCGCAGGCUACUCCCAGUAAGGAAGACUCUGGUGAUGUUAGAUUAAUCAGCUUCAACGGCAUGUGGGUGUCCCUUGGAGUUGCUUUCGUUGCAGUAUUCACAAUAUAAACCUGAGUAGGAUCGUAAUAUAUUUUCCGGGCUUUGAUAAAUGCAUACAUACAUACAUAUACACGUGAUUUUAUAUGAUAAAGUGAUAAAGGAGGGAAUAUAGGUGUGGUUAUCAGAGAGGGAUACCGAUCCCACGCAAGCCUUUUUUUUUCCCCCUUCUUCUUCUCUUGGUGCCUCUUUGCCAGUUCACGUCUAUGAAUUGAUUUUAAUACAUCGUUUGAUUUUGGACAAUUUGAAUGUAUAUCCCGCAUCUUGUGCGCAAGUCAAUAAUGGACAAGGCAUUUUAAUUGGA